AUGCGUCAAUCACUCUCUGCCAACGAAGAGGAUGGGGACCUUGCUGAUGCCAGUCUCGAUAACAUCGGCCCUGGAAUCCGUCCUGGCAAAACAUCAGAAAGACUUAAUCAAAUCGACCGAGUUCGAGCCAAUGGUGUUGGUGAUUAUGUUGAGCUCCCCCAGCUCGUGGUUUGCGGUGAUCAGUCGGCAGGCAAAAGCUCUGUUCUCGAGGGCAUCAGCGGAUAUCCCUUCCCUCGAAAAGAUGGAGUCUGUACACAAUUUCCUACUGAGAUCGUGCUUCGUCACGAUAAUCAGGUAGAAACGAUGACCGCAAGCCUCUUGCCGAGCGCAUCCCGCUCAUCUGAAGAGAGAGAAAAGUUCGCCGCCUUUCAACGCGAUUUCCUGGAUUUCAACGAGUUACCGGGCAUAAUUCAGGAAGCCUCUCAUCUAAUGGGGAUUCGCGGCUUCAGUGACGUCCCUGACGCUCCUGCUUUUGCCGCGGACGUCCUUAGACUAGAAUUUACUGGCAACACAGGUCUUCACCUUACUUUGGUUGACCUUCCAGGCUUGAUAUCCGUCUCUGACGACGACAAAGAUGUUGAGCUGGUCCGAGGGCUGGUUGACUCUUAUCUAGAGAGCUCGCGCACCAUCAUACUUGCUGUGAUCCCGGCGAGCAGUGAUGCUGAGACUCAAGGUAUCAUUCAGCGGGCUCGGCAUUUUGACAAAGAUGGCGUACGAACUAUCGGUAUCAUCACUAAGCCCGAUCUCAUCAACGAAGACACUGAGGAGCGGGUCGCACGCUUAGCUAAGAACUUGCAUCGCACCAAGUUGAACCUGGGUUUCUUUCUGCUGAAGAACCCCUCUCCUGCAGAGCUGUUAGAUGGAUUGAGUUUCUCGCAGCGUCGUAGAAAGGAAUUGGAGUUCUUUUCUAGCGGACGAUGGAGGGCGCAGAACCUGAAUCCAUCAAGGGUUGGAAUCGAUAACCUCCGCUCCUUUCUGGCCGAAAUACUGGACAGCCACAUUGAACGAGAGCUUCCAAAAGUUCAGGAGGAAAUCCGACGUCUGCUGAAACGUAUCAAUGAAGAAAUUCAUGAUCUUGGAAUUGAAAGAUCAAGUCCGAAUCAAAUCCGGAUGUUCCUCACGCGUAUCAGCACCGACUUCCACGGCAUCGCCAAAAACGGCCUUGAGGGAAAUUACGACAGUCGCGAUGGAAGCUUCUUCUCGACGAAUGACUCUUCUCGUCGCCUUCGUGCUGCCAUCCAAUCCGAAAAUGAGAAGUUUGCCGAGUAUAUGCGUACCCACGGCCAGCGAAGAAAAGUCGUCUCGAAUGACGGCAACAAUGCAUUCGAAGCGAAAUCGGAAGAAGAAGAAGACGUAUCGGAAGGGGGAAAAUUGGAAGGAGAAGAACGGGAUAAGGAUGGCCAAACUGAAGAGCUUCGAGUUACGAAAAAUCAGAUGUCAGCUUGGAUAAAAGAGAUGUAUCAUCAAUCAAGAGGUCGAGAAUUGCCUGGAAACUAUAACCCUUCCCUCUUGCAGCGGUUGUUUCAUAUCCAAUCAUCUCGAUGGGAAAGCAUUUCUCAGCGUCAUCUCCAAUCGGUUGUGAGCUUGGUGACUCGAUUCGUGGACUCUGCAUUGAAGUUCAUUGUCACAGACACUAAAGUUCGUGACAAUCUGCGAAGACGCAUAACAGAAACCCUGGGCCAGAACGCUCAAAAAGCCCAUCAAGAACUUGUGAGGCUGGUACAGGACGAACAGUGCCAUCCCAUUACGUAUAACCACUACUACACCGACAACAUCCAAAGGGCGCGGCAUGACGAUGCCAAAGCACGCAUCAAAAAGUCUGUGGAUAAAGCAAGUCAAAUGGAUUGGGGCGGCGUCUUUCAUUUCAGUAAUUCUCCGGAUGAGAUGAACAGAUUGAUCUCCGCUCUUCAGGCAAGAGUGGAGGUCAACAUGGUCGACCGAGCAUGUUCCGAGGCACUGACCGAUCUGAAUGCCUACUAUAAGGUUGCCAUGAAAACUUUCGUUGACAAUGUUUGCCGACAAGUGAUUGAAAGACAUAUUCUUGCAACUCUAGCAGAUGUUCUUGACCCGGCAGUUGUCAGUGGUUAUUCGGAUGAAGAGCUACUGCAAUUGGCUGCCGAGUCACCACAAACUAGGCGCCGUCGAGCUGACGCACUCGAGCUACAACAGGCGUUGGAACAGAGUCUAAAAGACCUUUCUUUCUAA